ACGCCCCUGACACAAGAAAUACCUCACCAGCAAAGAGUGUACAACAGGCAGCAAUUGUGGGAUACAUUCCUCACUCAAAACCUCUCUCUGUAUGCGUAAAACGCCGCUGGAAUAGUUUUCGGUAUCAUAUUCUGGAUGCAUGCGACGUUGACCUUCAUAUGUAGAUUUUCGGUCAUGUAUUUGUAGUGUACAUUAUGUGCAUAUGGAGAAUAUUUUUUUAUCUCUUCCGUAUUUCUGGCUGUCUAGAUUUGGAGUCUACAGAGAAGGGAACUGUCGCCACUUUUUGACCAACGCUUUGAAUAUUUUAUUUUGAGAGCACAAUUGGGAGCAUUUGGAAUUUCUGACGUGGUUUAUAUUUGACUUUUCACGGUUUCAGCCUAGUUGGGUGAAGGGGCCGUUUUUCAUUCCACACACAUCGCUGCCUUUCCAGUGUUUCGUUUUGCACCGUUCAAUUGUAGGCGGCUAUCCUAAAAACUUGACCAGAACAUUUUAUCAGAAAUACACGUUUCGUUUGAUCUGAUGUAUUGUGCGAUGCAGUGCAUAUCUACAAUUAUGAUGUAUUAUUCUUAAAAACGAGGAUUUUGGAGGUCAUCAGUGGCAAUCAUAAUGGCAAACGACGACAACCGCUUUAUAGUGGAAAAGUACAUUUGUCACAAACUCUUGAAACGAGGAUAUGCGUGGGAUUUCGAGGAUGCCGAGGAGGAGGAAGGUGCUGCUAAUAAUGGGUCGAUGAUUUCUCCUCAGCCGGGUUUGGCACGGCGGUGCCACGGGGCCAGUAACGCCGGACAGGGCAGCGUCCCUCGUCUUUCCAAAUGGCUCUCCCAACCGGACCCGCAUGCAGCUAUUCACAGAGUUUUGCGUGAGGCCGGGGACGAACUCGAAAGACUGUACCAGCCCGACUUCGCAGAAAUGUCACACCAGCUGUAUCUCACAUCCUCCACGGCUGAGAGGAGAUUUAGAGAGGUGAUAGACGAGCUGUUCAGGGAUGGGGUUAACUGGGGACGGAUUAUCGCCUUCUUCGAGUUCGGGGGCACAAUAUGCGUGGAAUGCGUGAACAAGGAGAUGACGUCGCAGGUGGAUCACAUCGCGGUGUGGAUGACAGAGUAUCUAAAUGGACCACUGCUCAGCUGGAUUCAGGAGAACGGGGGAUGGGAGGCCUUUGUUGAGCUCUAUGACAGACAGAGGGACUCUGUGUUCUGUUCGUGGCCGUCCAUCAAGACCGUCUUCGGCCUGGCUGCACUGGGGGCCGCAAGCCUUACCAUCGGAGCAUACCUUACACAGAAGUGAAGGAGUUCUCCUUUUCUCGCCCUCUUUUUUUGUCCUCCCUCCCUCUCUUGCUACUUUCUCUUUUCAAAGGCCGCCCUGCCCCCUCCGAGAUGAUCCCGAAUCCCCAACAUGCAUGUCUUCAAAGCCUCUCUCUCUCUCUCUCUUUCUCUCCCUGUUCUCGAAAAAACUCCCUCAUUCUUAACCCUCACUUCAUAAAACCAAGGCGCAAAUCAAACAACAGCAGGAAACAGAGUCACUGCCCACAGAAGGAAACAUGUCAUGAAAGCCGCGCCGUUUAACUGUAAUCACAGAACGUUUGGAGAGACAACUGAGGGCUUGACAAGAGAGGAGAGGAGGGGCGGCUUGGCAUGUGUCCUUUUUGUUUGGCCUGCUUCAGUACUAGUUGUAGCAUGAAACCUUUGUGUGCUCGUGUAGAUUUGUGUAGCAUGUGUCGGUGUGGCAAAAGAAAGAAGAUACUGCACCUGAGGCCUCCCUUGAAGGAUUUACUAAUGGGAGUGCAAGGACAUUGAUGAUUCAACCGCUUGCACCAAGGUGAUGGCCCCGACCCUGGUUGUUAAGGCGAGGUCCCCUUUUUGAACUGUGUGCACUCGGUGUACCCCCUUCAACCCACCUUCAAAGGACUUCCUCCACACAACAGCAGCUCUGAAUGUAUAAUGGAAGGAGUUCGCCACUAACCAGAACGGUGUGUCUGUCCACCCACCAGUUCUACAGUGCAAUAUAACAGGAGCAUCACUCAACUCUGACCACAUAGCAUCGUUAUACAUACAUGUAUAGAUACAAGGUCUCAUCAGAACGUCAUCUAGGUGCCACAGAUGCAGCUUGCUCUGGAGAGAUCUGAGAGAGAGCUGUUGGACUGUGCAAUAGAGCCUCUUUUUUGCAUUUGACCCAUAUGAAAUGUAAUAAGAGAGGAUAGAGGGAGGCAUUGAAGAGAGGAUAGAGGGAGGCAUUGAAAGAGUGAAAAGCAGGUUAGUUAGAGCUUUUGGCAGCCCAAACCCAUGUUUUAUCAAUCAAAUCAAUCAAUCAAAUGUAUUUAUAAAGCCCUUUUUACAUCAGCCGAUGUCACAAAGUGCUAAACAGAAACCCAGCCUAAAACCCCAAACAGCAAGCAAUGCAGAUGUAGAAGCACGGUGGCUAGGAAAAACUCCCUAGAAAGGCAGGAACCUAGGAGGAAACCUAGAGAGGAACCAGGCUCUGAGGGCUGGCCAGUCCUCUUCUGGCUGUGCCGGGUGGAGAUUAUAACAGAACAUGGCCAAGAUGUUCAAACGUUCAUAGAUGACCAGCAGGGUCAGAUAAUAAUAAUCAGAUGUUACUGACAGAAAGUGAAAAAUAUUAUCCCACCUAGCUGGGUUUCUGGCUUAGUCGAGAUCAGAGAGGGAUAGAGGGAGAGAGGUAAAUACAGAGAAAGAAAGAGAACGUGUGAGAAAUAAAAAGAGGGAGCAAGAGAAGAGAGAAAGUCAUUGUGGGUACAGAGAAAGAGAACAAGGAGUUUUAGGAACAUACAAUGCUUGGGGACAAACAUAAGAGGCGGAUUCAUUCCAUAGGUUCAGUGACAGUGAGCCUCCCCCUCCAGAAGCUAGACACUCCUCUACAGCCUCAUCUGCAUGAAGACCUGACUCUCCCAGAAAGGCCUGGAUCAGUUUGGCCUCACGUCACUCACUCACUGUGUCAGCAUUUUGGAUAUCUCUGACUGCCUCUCGUUGAAGUACUCUUUAUCUUUCUCUCUAUCUCUCUUGGUUUCUCUCUCCCCCUCUUGCCUGUACAGUAUGUCUGACCAGAACUCAUGGCCUCACCCAAGCCAAGCCAUUGCUAUAAGUGGACUGAACCAAACCGCCAAUUCUCCUAGAACAUGUGUCCUCCAGCUGCUGCUGUUGCUGGGCUCUUAGCUAGGGGACAAAGAGGCCCUCCCCACAGGCCACGCUAAUGGUUGAUGCCACAUUUAAGACGACCAUGUUGGAGACACAGUAAAUCCCAGUGUUCACCUCUCACAGUAUCUCGAACCAUAUCAAACUCUCACAGCAAGAAAAAUCCCUGUUGGACACAGAGACUCUAUACUGUGUUGGAGUGAAGUGGUGUCCAUUGUAUACCCGGUAACUGAGAUAUUUGAGCACCCUUUGCGAGGUUGGCACCGGCUGGCACAGAGCACAACAUCGCUUCAGAUGAAACAAUCAUUUCCAAGAAUGUUUUAUGUGUUUGUCUAGCGUCUCUGGAAAUUCUUAGGGCUCUAUUCAAUCCGUGUCGCUGAAGCGUUACAGAUGGCGUGACAGAAACGUAAAGGUCAUUUCUGAUUGAGCCGACAUAUACAGCGUUUACCGUGAAUGCAGUCUCCGCCAAUGCGGGAACAUUACCUUUAAAUUUCAAUUGGGCUUUCGCGCUGAACUUUGGAGAUCUGGAUUGAAUUUAGCCCUUACUAUCCAUAAUAUGUACUCUCUUGCUCUCUCUUUCACACACACAAGCACACACACACACACGCACACACACACAUACACACGUAUGUUUAUGUAGAUAAGUGUAAAGAGCAUGUUGUUGAAUCAUCUAAAUUAUGUGUAGACUGUCACUUUUGUUUUAACAAAAAAUCCAAAAAGAUCUCAUUCUUCGUUAAUGUCUUCUUACAUCAAUGCAAAAAAAAAAAUGAAUCUGAAGUUUUCCCAGAAUUAAUAUUCACUAUGUAUACCCAUAUUUACUGUAUAUCAGAAUAGGACAAAUGUUACACAUACCAACUUCUGAUUUGUAUUUAUUGAGAGGUACCAGAACACAGAUAUUUAAAUCAUAGAUGGGACAACAAGUUAAGAUCAUGGAGACACUCAAGUGUCUAGAGAAAUUGUAUCUUUAGUUUUAUUAAUGGAACAAUACACUAUUUGGGGCUGCUAUUAUAUCGAACGUAACAUUGAAUAGUGGCUUUCUGUGUAAGACGUGUUAAUUUUGGCUUAACGCUGCUAUACUGUAUAGUCCUGAUUUAACUUAACUCACAGCUUCAAACUGCCACACAGAUACAGUAUCGUUAUAGAAAGCUGUAAACCAAAGUGAACCUGUAAGUAACAUUGUGUUAAUAGGAUGUGAAGAUGUAGCAUGAAGAGAUAAACACAUGCCAAUUCACUUUCACUCCUUUGAAAGAGUGUCAGAGUCAGAUUUUGCAGGGUUGUUGUAAAGACAUUGAAUGCGUCCCAAACGGUAGCCUAUCCCCUUCAUAGUGCAUUACUUUUGACUAGGGCCCGUGGGGCUCCAGUAAAUAGUAGUGCACUAUGUAGGAAACCGGAUAUCAUUUGGGGCACAGUAAAUAUUAGCCUGCUUGGUGUUGUUCAUAAUGUUUCAGUAGAUACUGUAGCACCCGAAUGCACCCAACUGUAUAUAUGGUAACCUGUGCUUUAAUGAAAUGUAUGUAUGGUAAUUGUUAACAUAAUUAUGAAUUCCUUCUCAAGUGUAUGUAGUGGCAGAAAACACAUCUUGUGUUUUUUACCUGCUAGAUUAUAUCAUCAUAACCAUGGGCACUAUUAUUUUUCUAUAAUAACAUUAGUUGUGAAUCCCCCUACUCAUGAUAAACCCUCAAUGGAUAUGUACAUAGAAAAAUAUAAAAACAUGUCCAGACCUUUAGAUAAUUAGUCAUUAACUUGUUCAUAAUUCAAAGAUGUGUAAUGGUUUCUCAUAUUCCCUUCUGUAAUUCUGUUUAAAUGAUUGUAGCCUACAUGACACCAUGGUUGUAGCGUUGUAAAUAGAAUCCUCAGCCUGUGGCACUUAAAAGGUGAAAGAAAAUGCGUUACUAUUGUUUACUGCUAAGUAUGUAUUCACAAUAAGCUAGCUGGGAUCAUGUUGUUCCCAAUAAACCACAUAUUUCCUGCA